AUGGGAAAUCUAAAGAAAGAGCCGUCGUCGCCAAUACAGGAAGCAGGCGUAAAGCGAGCAGCCACACGCUCACCUAGCCCUCACCUCCACGAGAACAAGAAGCAAACGCAGGAAAAGAUCAAGAAAGAAGAGAACCUCGGUGGGUAUCCGUCAUAUGGUCGCGUCAAGGCCUGCUCGAUAGCGAAAGCGGACAGGAUAGAUGAGAAUCCACCGGUAUUACGUCUGAAUAAAGCUAUACAAGAACGCACAAAGCAAGCUCACAGUGAUGAUGAAAAGAGUGUCGUGUUCUGGAUGCGUAUGCAUGAUUUGAGAAUAGUUGACUCCCGUGGACUGACAAUUGCAUAUGAAUACGCUAAGGAGCAUAACAUUCCCCUCAUCAUAAUACACGUUUUCUCCCCACAGGAUUACGAAGCGCACGACAGAUCGUGCAGACGAAUCGAUUUCGUGCUCCGCAAAUUGAAAAGUCUCAAGGAGGAGCUCGAGGAGAUGAACAUACCGCUAUACACCUUCACAGUAGAGCAGCGUCAGCAUAUUCCACAGAAAGUCAUCGAUUUCGUCAAGCAAUACAAUUCUAAACAUCUUUACGGCAAUAUCGAGUACGAGAUCGAUGAGCUGUUCAGAGACAUGCAGCUUAUUAAUCUUGCAAAUGAGCAGGAGGUAGAGGUGCAGCUGGAGCAUGAUAACAUGGUCGUCCCACCUUUCAAGGUACUCACGAAGACUACUUCUAAGCCUCCAAUGACUUUCACCGCGUACUUGAAGGGAUGGCAAAAGAUCGUGCUUGAGGACCCUACACAUCGCGAUGAAACUGAGCGUAUUGGUGCUAACAAUAUAUCAGCGAAAGAAGACUACAAGGCACUGUUUGAAAAACAAGUACCUGACGAGAUUGCAGGCUUUGAAUGUCACGACAAGGAUAAAAUGAGAGAACUCUGGCCAGUUGGGCGCACAACUGCCAGUGAAAUCUUGGACCGGUUCCUCCACUACAAGAAUCGUGAAGAAGCGACUGAGUCGACGCCAUUAGGCGAAGGUGCAGAGAAGGAUGACAGAAAUUCGCGAAUCAAACAAUAUGCUGAUGGGCGUAACAUCACCACUGGUGAGACGACUUCCAAAAUUUCACCUUAUCUCGCCUCUGGACAGAUCAGCGUUAGACAGUGUUUCAAUAGAGCCCAGAAGCUGAAGAGCGGAUAUAACAUGGACAUUACUAGAGAAUCUGGUGUUGGGAUGUGGUCACAGGAGGUCAUCUGGAAAGAUUUCUAUCAAAAUGUACUGUGUGUACAGCCUCGCGUAUCAAUGGGUCACCCAUUCUUGAGACAGUACAGAUUCGUUGAGUGGGAAUACAACCAAGAGCACCUCGAUGCAUGGCAUCAAGGCAAGACAGGCUGGCCAAUAGUCGAUGCUGCGAUGCGCCAGCUCACAACAACGGGCUGGAUGCACAACAGGAUGAGAAUGACAGUCGCCUCGUAUCUCUGCAAGGACCUCAUGUUAGACUGGAGAGAAGGUGAAAGGAUAUUCGCAAAGGAGCUCAUUGACCACGAUCUCGGAUCGAAUAAUGGGGGAUGGCAGUGGUCUGCAGGUACAGGCACAGACGCUCAACCCUACUUCAGAAUAUUUAAUCCUAUCUCGCAAUCGCAGAAGGCAGAUCCUAGUGGCGAGUACAUUCACCAUUGGCUACCUGAAUUGAGAGAUAUCAAACCACCUGCUCUUUUUGAACCAUCCAAGCACCUCUCAAAGAACGAAUUUCAAAAACUUAACUAUCCUAAGCCACUUGUCGAUCACAAGUUCGCGCGUGAUAGAGCACUCUCACGCUACAAGAAGGCUCUUGGAAAGGAGUAA